AUGACCAACGUCCAGAAAAAGGAGAUGUUGUCGGAGGAAUUAAAUUCCUUUUACCUGAGUUCACUGGAAGAACAAGUAAGAGCUCAGAUGGAGGACAACAAUGCAAUGAUCACCGAAACCGAAUCUGUGGGGAGAGUUCUCCUACAGAUCGAUGUAGACAGAUUGCAACAGUUCCUUGAUCUUCUCCAAGAACACAAGAAUGGAGAUUUACACAAAGAGAUGUGUAGCCCACAAGACCAACUCCAAGCUCAGCAGAUGAAGGUAGACAAAGAGGCCCUUCCAAAUGACGUGGAAGCUAUACAGUCGAUGACCUUUGCUGAAAUGAACUGGAUCACAGCAGCUAAAACUAACCUGGAGUUGGAAUUGGAAAGUGAACUGGAAUUUGAAAGAGCUCAAAGAAAGGAGCACAUCAACAAACAUAAUGAUGAAAUGGAGAAGAUGGCAGCUGCCCUGAAGUUAUUACAGAACAUGUUGGAUACCUCCCGUCAGCAAGUGUCCUGCCUCAGGAGACAGGUGGGUUCCUCACGGGCAGAUACUCUUCACAAGCUGCAGACGCAAGACAAAGUCAACCGAAAACGCACGGCUUGUCUGAAGAAAACAUUUAAGGACCAGCUGGAGAGUGAACAUUUGAAAUGGAAGCAGGAGAAAGCAUCCAUGUUGGAAAACAGCAACUCCCCCGAGGUUGAAAAAAGCAACAACGACGACCUCUUGGCUGCUGUGAAAAAGGCCGAGCAGCAGCUGGAGAGCCGUACCAUUGAGUGGGAGCAGGAGAGGACUUCCUUCAAAGCCAGGCUAGAAAAAACAUGCCAGGACCUUGAACAUGCCCAACUGAAGAACAUCACUGCUGUUCAUACAUUGGAAAAGGAGGCUGUGGAGAUGUCAGAAAGAAACCAGGCCUUACAAGACCAGCUGGAGAGUGAACAUUUGAAAUGGAAGCAGGAGAAAGCAUCCAUGUUGGAAAACAGCAACUCCUCAAAGGAGGUUGAAAAAAAGAAGAACGACGACCUCUUGGCUGCUGUGAAAAAGGCCGAGCAGCAGCUGGAGAGCCGUACCAUUGAGUGGGAGCAGGAGAGGACUUCCUUCAAAGCCAGGCUAGAAAAAACAUGCCAGGACCUUGAACAUGCCCAACUUAAGAACAUCACUGCUGUUCAUAUAAUGGAAAAGGAGGCUGUGGAUAUGUCAGAAAGAAACCAGGCCUUCCAUUACCAGCUGGAGGAACAAAGAGCAGAGACUAUCAAGAUCACAAGAGCUCUGAAAGAAACUGAAGAUCUGUUAGAAAAGCAAGGCCUCAGCUUUCAGCAACUGACAUCACAGCUCGAAACAUCCUGCGUCACCAAGAUGAAGGCACAGGAGGAGGACCACAACAACCUCCUAGCUGCUCUGCAGAAGAAGUUUGAAGAUGAGAGUGACAAAUGGCACCACAUUAAUUCUUGCCUCGCUCAAACAGCAGAACAAACGCUGGAAAGGGAGAAGGAGCAUCUGAAUGACAACAACAGCUUAUUGUCUCAGCUGGAAGAGCUCCAACAAAAGACCACCAUGAAGCCAAAGAAAAAGUGGUAUAAGUUCUUCUAA